UUCCUAUGUAUAAUAAACCUAUACCAUCCCCCUGUGUACAAAAAUGUAUAUCUAACUUUUCAAACGCAUUCUAAGAACGUUGGGUUCCUCCCCUUUUUAUAUGAACCUAUAUCCAACCCCCUUAAACACACCCAAACCAAAUUUCCUCGAUUCAUUUCUGAUCUGUUUCUCUCUAAGCCAAAAUUUGAAAGGAAAAAAAAAGCGCACAGCACACUAUAAAACGAAAAAUUUCCUCCCACCAACACCAACAAGACCAAAACUAUGUGCAAAAACUACCGAACGGCCUGAAAAUGAAAGAAGUCUCAAGAUCGGUGGUGGUGAUCAUGGUGCCUCUCCCGGCGCAAGGCCACCUCAACCAGCUCGUCGAGCUCGCCUACCUCGUCGCCUCGUACGGCAUCCCUGUCCACUAUGUCGGCUCCGCCUCCCACAACCACCAGGCCAAGCUCCGCUCCCACAUCCCGCCCUCGUCCUCACCCAGCGACAUCUGCUUCCACAACUUCCCAACCCCGCCCUUCCUCUCCCCCGCCCCGAACCCUAAUUCGACUUGCAAGUUCCCCUCCCACCUCCAGCCAGCGUUCGACGCCGCUUCGUUGCUCCGCGGCCCCAUCGCCUCCCUCAUCCGCUCCCUCUCCUUGGAGUCGAGGCGGGUUGUCGUGGUCCACGACUCGCUGAUGGGGUCCGUGGUCCAGGACGCCGCCUCAGUCCCCAAUGCCGAGAACUACGUCUUCCACUCGGUUUCCGCCUUCGCGCUUUACUGGUACAAGUGGGAGGCCACGGGGAUUGUGCUGCCGCGGGAGGAGGAGGUCGAUAUCGUGGAGCUCCUCUCCUCCAAUGGCUUCCCGUCCCUCCAGGACUCAUUCACCGACGAGUUCUUGAAGUUCAUCGCAUUGCAGCACGAGUUCAAGAAGUUAAGCUCGGGAAUCAUCUACAACACAUGCAGGGUUGUCGAAGGCCAUUAUGUAGACUUAUUUACCAGUGCAACAGCGAACAGCAUCACAACCAAGCACUGGGCAAUCGGGCCGUUCAACCCGGUCAAAGUACCCGAAAAGAAGUCGAGAAGAUCGGCUCACGGGUGCAUGGAGUGGCUCGACAAGCAAGCACUGAACUCAGUGAUAUAUGUGUCCUUCGGCACCACAACGGCGCUGAGCAACAAGCAGAUCCACGAGAUCGCGACUGGGUUGGAAUGUAGUGGACAGAAGUUCAUCUGGGUAUUGAGGGAAGCUGACAAGGCAGACGUUUUCAGCGGCGGAGGAGAGGCGAGGAAAAUCGAACUGCCCCAAGGGUUCGAAGAGAUGGUGGAGACUCGAGAUUUAGGCCUGCUGGUGAGGGACUGGGCGCCGCAGCUCGAGAUCUUGGGGCACCCUGCGACAGGCGGGUUCUUGAGCCACUGCGGGUGGAACUCUUGCAUGGAGAGCAUCAGCAUGGGAGUGCCGAUCCUCGCAUGGCCUAUGCAUUCGGAUCAGCCCCGGAAUGCUGUCUUGAUCAGCAAAGUCCUCAAGAUUGGACUUAUUGUCAAGGACUGCAUGAGCCAAAACAAGGUCGUGAAGUCAUCCGAGAUCCAAGGUGCCGUGAAGGCGCUCAUGGCGUCGGAGCAAGGUGACGAGAUGAGGAAGAGGGCGGCGGAGUUAGGGGUCGCCGUCCGGGGGUCAAUGGAUGAGGGCGGAGUUUCUCGGGCCGAGUUGGACUCUUUCAUCACUCAUAUCUCUAGAUAAGUUCUCUCCCUUUUUCUUAUUCUGUUCUUAGCAUUAAAGAUAUAUCUUAGUUAACGGGAGAGGGAGAGAGAGAGAACAUUCUAUAUAAAUUCAGUCUGCGAGUGAUUCAAUGUAAAAAGCAAUCAUUAUAUAGAAAGUAUAUGAAAGCAUGUAUCUUCUGUAAGAUUUAAUGUGGAUUCAUAUAUAUUUUUAAUAAAUGAUCGACUUGAAAUAGAACGAGUUCAGAACCUAAGUAUUAUUCGAAGAGUUGUGGAGAACUUAGGUCGUGAUUUGUCGUGGGCUGUAGGAACAUGUGGUUGUUGUCAGGGAUGUAAACAUGUGCAAGACCUAAUCUGCAGUUGUUGUCGAGGACGUACGUAAAAACGUUCAGAGGCCCAUCCAAGGGCAAUUACCCGACCUUCGGACCAAUAUCCAAGGGCAAAAAUUGCAGUUUUUCAUCUUCAUUUAUCAAUUGUAUGGUAAACAUUGAUCUCUAUGCGACACAUCUUUGAUUCUGCCGACAUUUGUAAUUUAUGAAUUGUUGAAUGAUCAUGUCUUUAUCAUUGUA